AUGACUAUCCGUCGACGACCCUCCGGAGACUUCCCUCCGAAGGGCGGUGUCGACCUGUUGGGGUGCCUGGCCGAAGCCUAUUCGUAUCCGACUACGACGUGCGGAGCAAUAAUGUCGCGUUCCGGCACGGAUUCUGACUUAGAGGCGUUCAGCCAUAAUCCGGCAGAUGGUAGCGUCGCGGCAAUGCCUUGGUAA